AUGUCUACAAUAUCACGUUGCAAGCCUCCUCUCUUACAUAAUGGGGAUGGCAUGACCGAGUUGAUCACAAAUUACAAACGAAGCAGUAUCCCAGGUCUGGAGGAGGGGAAAUCCACUAAUGCAAUAUACGGGCUCUCACCAGUUCUGUUUGAUUACCUCGGCAUGGUCAAUAUUUUAGCUAACCACCGCAGCAAACGGGUGGAUGAACUUUCCGAACUCGGUUUUCGAGCUGCAGCAUCACAUGUGGCGACGAGGAUUGACGACUGGCGAUUGGAAAGGAUGGCUAGUGAGGAUGCAGAAAUUGAAUCCGCCACCACAGCAUUUGAAUGGGCGAUUCGACUGCGACUGCACCAGGUUGUAGACGGUUAUAACCCACUUGAUGAAUUUGCGGAGAAGGCCGUUACAACAAUUCUUGACGAGACAAUGAAAGUUGCAUACGCUAGUCGACUGGAAGGCUGUCUUCUUUUCCCGCUUGUCAUAGCUGGAUCAUCCACGGUGGACAUGGACAGACGCAUGGAAGUGAAGGAAAGGCUGAUGGUCAUGGAGAAUACUCUGGGAUUCAAUCAUAUUCACCACUGCUUGCAGCUAGUAUCUAAUGUCUGGGAGAGAGCCACCUGUUCAUCAGACAUGAACUGGGCAGCAGUCCGUUAUAGCCAGUUUCCGGGAGUGGUUUUUAUAUGA